UGUGGAAGGUUUCAGAGCUCGUUGUGUUCCGCCCAGCAGUGCACCCCGUCAGGAUACAGCGUGAGCCCCAUUCCCUGAACAGACGUCCCCUCACAUGCCGCCCGCCUCCCGCCCUCCGUCUGUCAGUGGCGGAAGUUGCAACUCGAUGUGUAGGAAGUAACCCCAAUGAGUGAGUACUGUCUCCUGGCGGUGUUUUAUCGCCCCCACGCCCUUCACGCUUUCAGUACUCGCAGGAGGAGUUGACAGGAGAAGGCCAGAGAGUGUUUUGAUGUAUCCCGUCUAGCUAGAGUUCUGUAUGGGAGGAAUUAAAAGCGGAAUGUUGAAAUGAGGCUAAGUGGCAACUGCAGGGGUCGAGGUACCGAGUGUUAGCAGCGAGGAAGGGUGGGUUGUGCGCUGCUCCUUGCCUCCAUCACAGCGCCACCCUCCGGCCCUCCCCAGAGUGCUCAUGUUUAAGUGCUGGUGUCAUGCUCAUGUCCUAACGAGGCACUCAUCACUUGCUCAUCGCCAACUCAUCACCGCCUCACACUCCCCACCAAGUGACACACGCUUGGAGAGGAAGAAAACGUGAUAGAAAUCGGAUGUGUCGUCGUGUGUGUAGUGUGUGCGUCUCUCGGUUCUGGUCGACGUGCGGGACCGAGUGUUGCGAGUUGCGAGGGAGGGAAGGAGUGAAGGAAGGCAACACCAUGAAGGAGAGCUGCUGUAGCCCAUCCCGGUGAGCACAGGCCGGCAGGUGGCAAGGUGAAGGUGAGGCAGGGAGGUGUAGAGUGGGCCGAGAUCUAAAGGGUUACAAUCACCGUCCUGUCACACCUGGAGCGCCGCCCACACCUCACAGCCUCGACAGAUACUACUGCACGAGGCUCCUGAGGGCAUCGGAGAGGGGACACAGACGCCACUUGUAACUCUACUCACCACCUUCAACAUCUUCAAUACCUCCGUCAUCGCCUUCUUCAGCGUGUCCUUCAGCCGCCACCAUGAGCUCGCCGCGGGGCCUGGACGGGGUGCUGGCGUACUUGGGCAACCCUCACCCCAGCGUCACGGUCCAGCUGCUCUUCACACUCGGCUUGGCUGUGCUGGGCUUGGGCUCCCCUGAGGUGUUCAUGAUGCUGCCGGUGCCCCUGUACAGCUGCUGGCACGCCUACAGCCCCAACGACGUAGGCAACGAAUGGUGUAUGGGUGAGGAGCUGAUGCCGAGCACGCCUACGGAUGACGACAGACUGGUGCUGGCAUGUGCAGAGCGCAAGUGGCAGCCGUUCUCGUUCCCCGGGGCGGUGCUGGCGGGUAUGCGGGUGAUGGUGGUGCUGGUGGCGGGCCUCUGCAUGGACGUGCUGGGCCGCCGCCGCUCCGUCGUGGCCUGGAUGGGACUGUACUUCGUGGUGGCCUUCUCCCGCUCCUUCUCUCCCAACGAAGAGGCCGUGGUGCUGUGCGUCACGCUGGAGGGGGCCGCCGCACAGGCCGUCACCCUGGCGCUGCUGCUGCUGGCCGCGGAGGGCAGCACGCAGGGGGAGUGCGUGCGGUCCGUGUGCCUGGUGGUGCUGGGUCACGCGGUGGGCAUCGGGGCAGGGGCGCCUCUCGUCCACCACUUCGUUGACGGCGAGGUGUACCGCCAGAUGGCACGCAGCCUGCCCGCCCUGGUCUUCGUGCCCUUCAUCAUGGCCUUGCCGGAGAGUGCGCGGUGGGCGGUUUGUCGCGGUCGCCCUCACGACGCCACGCUCAUCCUCAAGCGGUCACACCACAUGACCUUCGACCCCACCAUGAAGCAGAAGCUGGCCACCCUGUAUGAGGAGCACAAGGAGUCCAUGGACCACUACGGGUGCCGCGGCCACGCCCUGAGGGAGAGUGUGGUGCCCCUGGUGAGAUCCGGGCGCCUGCUGCUCUCCGCCCUCGUGUUCAUGCUGUGCGGCUUGGCCUACGGGUGUGCCGCCAGUGCCCGCCACCUCUUUGACGCCGUGCCCUUCAUGAGCUACGAGGACCGCCAGGUGACGUUUGCGGCGUUCGAGUUCAUAUUCCUGCUGGUGAUGGGGCUAACGGUGACUCGACGUGGCGUGAAGUGGGUGCUGGUUGGGCUCAUGUCGGCACUGUCCAUAGCGCUGCUGCUCACGCGCGUCCUCCACAAAACCGGGAUCCUGAACAGCUGCGGCGCCUACGUGUUCAUCUCGGGCCUGGGUCACGGGUGCGUGGUGCUGGCGGGCGUGUGGCUGACCAUGGGGGUGAUCCGUCUCACGCCCACGCACUCCCGGGGCUUCGUGCUGGGCGCCACCUACUCCAUGGCUACGCUGGGGCAGAUAUUCCCUUACUUCGAUGUCGUGAGCGCCUUUAUCUGGACGGGCUCCUAUCUUGACGUGUUCGCGGAGAUCGGGCUAUGGGCCAUCGUGACCUUCGUGGCGGGCCUGCUCACCCUGCUGCUGCCUAAGACCCCCACCUGCCUGCCAGACACCCUCAGACACCUCUACAGGAAUGUGCAGUGUGAGAAACCUGAUCCAGAGGAGGAGCACGAGAACACUCACCUGUGAUGCGCCACCGUCGCCGCCGCCGCCACCACCACCACCACCACCAUUGGCACUAUGCACAACACCUCACCACUAUUUAGAAAGUACAGUGGCACACUCACUCACCACCAUAAACACUAACAUCAACUACUACUACUACUACUACUACUACUACUACUACUACUACUACAUCUGCCACCACCAGUACUUUCUCACACAGGCGGAGAAACAAGGCUUCUCAUAAUAGUCGUACACACACACACACACACACACACACACACACACACACACACACUCCAGAUCUAUUAUACGUUAGAAAGAAGGAAAAUGAGAGAAGGAAAGGAGAGAAAAGUAAUUGAUAAGUUAGAAUAAUUACUGUCAUUAUCAUUCCUGCUGUCAUCAUCACUACCAUCAUCACAAAAAAAAAAAAAAACAUAACAUAUAUCUAUCUAGUGACUGUGAAGAAAAGAAAAGAAGAGAAGAAAUACUGCAAUAAAAAAUGAAUACUAUAUAAUAAGAUUGUCGAAAAAAAAGUAAAGUAAUCUAAAGUAAAAAGAAAAUUAUGCGGUGAUAUGGUGUGAAAAGUAAAAAAAAAAAACUGAUAAAAAUAGUGAAAAAUAUUAAUGUGAAAUGGUGAAACAAGAGCGUCUCCGUAGAAGAAACAUUAUCGUGAAAUUGUGAAAGAAAAAAAGUGAAAAAUAUUAUAGUGAACUUUAAAAUGACUCGAAACUCGGCAGGACGAGACUCGAAGGUUCGGAAGGUUCAUUGAUCAGAGGUGUUCUGUGGAGGCUUCACUGCUUCGAAACUUAUGAGGCUUCGAACUCUAGUGAUGAAAUGAAGUAUAGAGAGAGAGAGAGAGAGAGAGAGAGAGAGAGAGAGAGAGAGAGAGAGAGAGAGAGAGACUUGCUAUUCUGGUUGUAUCCGAAACAGGUGAGAAUAUAUAUAAAUAACUAAUUCAUUUGUUUUUGGUAGGGAAAUAAAUACGUUUUUCUAAUUGUGUGUGUAAAGAAUUGCUAUUUUUUUUUUUUUUCAGCAGACGGGAAUUCUUGGAUAUGUAUUACUGGGAAUGGGAAGGAAGUGAUGGGUGGACGGAACUGAGAAUUAAGUGUAGGGAUUGGUGAUAGAUAGACACACGGCUGCAGGAGGAGUGAUAGGAAUGAGAAAAGGGGAAAAGGGAAGGAAAAGAAGAAUGGAUGGAGAUUAGUGUGGUAGAGACGAAACUAGACAGAAUAAUGAAAAGGGAAGAGGAAACAAACAAAAGUGGUAAUACGAACAAUAGAGAUGGACAUUAGCAGGAAGGAAGAAGAAAAGGGAAGGAGAAAAGAUGAAGAUUGGAAGAAGAGCAGAUAAUUGAUACAAGAAUGGAGAAAAGUGGGAGAAGGAACAGAAAAAAAAUAAAUAAAUAAACAGGAAUAAAGGAGGAAAAUAUAUGUAGAUGUUUAUUUGAAAGUGUAUUAAUGAGACGAAUGACAAACAAACCGAAGUAUUUAGUAGAAACGCUUCAAACAAUACUUCAAGAGUAACUGGGAUGAAAGUUUAUGGAUUACAGGGUAGAAUUUUUGUUUUCCUUAGAACUUAGGAUUUAUUGUUUAUAUUAAUUAAGGAGAGAUCAUAUUGCUUUACUAGACUAUGAACUUUUUAAAAACAGACAAAAGGAGUUUUUUUUUUUCAGAAGCGAGUGAGUCGUGGGUAAAACUUUGGUGAUUGUCAGAUUUUGCAUUACUGAGCCUUAGAAUCGAGGUACCUUUCUUUAUCGAGGAGAGAUUGUGUGUGUUGGAGUGACAAGAGUGAACAUUUAGCAUUGAAAGACGUGAGGAGAGACGAUUUUUGUAAGUGAUGAGUUGAGAGAACAAUAUCGUAGUUGUCAGAGUUUGCUUUACUGAGCUUUAGAACUGAGGUAACUUAUUUUUCUUUAUACAGAAGAGAUUAGAUGAACUUUUAACAUUAAAACACCGUAAGAGAAUCAUUGUGAAAAGUGAGGAGUUUUGCCAGAAAGUUCAUGUGUUAAAACUAGAGAAAUUAUAUACCUACAAGAUAGCAUUUUGACACGGAAACUAGGAGAGAGAGAGAGAGUGGUAGCAAUGAUUGCUGUACGAUAAUGUUCUCCGUGCGUACGAUGAAGUUGUUUUAGUAAGCGAUAUACAAGAGUCAAAAGUUGUGCAUUUAUUUAGUAGCAUUUUGAUUUGAUUUGAUAUUCUAUUCUUACCUUGCACUGUCCAGAUAGAUAGAUAAAGAAAUAAAUAGUUCCCACCCACCGCCUUUAGACACUGGAGACAUUUUAUGACUUAAAGCUAAUUAUUGUUAUUAUUGUUGUGUAUUGUAUAUUUUUAAUUAAAGAUGAUUUUUAUU